GGACUAAUAAAGAAAUGUUUUCUUUGUGUUUCUCAGCAGGACCAGGAAAACUUCAAGAAGCUAAACGUCAUCAGUAAAGAUGAGUUUGAAACUCUCACACCCAAAGUGCCCGUCGACACCAACCAGGAAGUCCCACCUCCUCUCAUGCCAGUGGACAGCGGAGCAGAGUUGGCGCGCUCUCUGCCCACAACGGUCCCAGAGUCGCCCAGCGCUCAUCAGCCCCGAACCCCCAGAACGCCUCGCACCCCCGGACGCCAGGACCCCAACAAGACGCCACGCUUCUACCCCGUCAUGAAGGAGAGCGGCACCAUCGACGGACAGACGCCGAGGAAGAAGAAGACCCGCCACAGUUCGAACCCUCCUCAGGAAGCCCACAUCGGCUGGGUGAUGGACUCCCGUGAGCACCGGCCGCGAUCUGCAUCCAUCAGCAGCUCCAACGCCUCUCCGUCAGAAGGAGCUCCGCUGUCGGGAAGUUACGGCUGCACCCCGCAGUCGCUGCCCAAAUUCUGGCAUCCAUCGCACGAGCUGCUGAGGGACAACGGCUUCACUCAGCAGGGAUACCACAAGUACCUCCGACGCUGCCUUAACGAGAGGAAACGGUUGGGGAUCGGCCAGUCUCAGGAGAUGAACACUCUGUUCAGGUUCUGGUCCUUCUUCCUGAGGGACAACUUCAACAGGAAGAUGUACGAGGAGUUCAAACAGCGCGCGCUGGAAGACGCCAAAGAAAACUACAGGUGAGGACGACAGCACGAUGUUUGAAUGCUAAGCUGCACUGCAAACAUUUCUGUGCCUCGGGAAAAUGCUAAAUAUUUUACGAAGGAAUUUACACAAAUUGUGGUGCAAAUGAGCCCUGAAGACAGGUGUCACAUAUUGGCAAAAAAGCUGCAACUCGAGGCCCUAAAGUUUCCUCCUUAGGUGGAGAUUCAUGAGAACGGAGAAGUACAAAAGAUCCGAAGUAUCACAGUAAUCCCCAAAAUCAGGAGAGGCACCUGGCUGCAGACACAGCGGACACCCAGACAAAUCCAGACAUUGAAUGUAAAAAAUUA